GAACAUCACUUUGAGCUGAAACUGCGCAAGAGUAGGCGGCAGCCACAGAGCCACUCUCAGCCCAUUUAAACACACUGCGGAGGAAAAAUAAAGGAAUCGCUCGCUUUUUCGUUUGAGAAAAGAGAGGACUCGCAAAACCUGCAAAAAUAAAAUGAUUUUCGACAAGGUGAAAAAGUUUGAUAUAGUCUUCGACUCUCCGGAGGUGGACUGUCCUCCUGUGUACAGCAGCGGGGAUGUCGUGUCCGGACGGGUGGUCCUGGACCUGUCCGGGGAGAGUCGGGUGGAGUCCCUGAAGCUUCACGCCGAGGGUUUUGCAAAAGUACACUGGACCGAGUCCCGGUCAGCGGGCUCCAGCACCGCGUAUACCCAGAACUACAGCGACGAAGUGGAGUACCUGAACCGCAGAGAGGUGCUGCUGCAGGCAGAUAAUGGUGAAGUGACUGUCCUUCCUGCUGGCAGACAUGAAUUUCCAUUCAGUUUCCAACUGCCAGAAGAAACUCUGGUCACCUCCUUUGAGGGAAAACAUGGCAGCAUUCGCUAUUGGGUCAAAGUUAAGCUACACAGGCCGUGGGCCACCGUCAAGAAAAUCAAGAAGGAGUUUACCGUCAUCGAGCCCAUCGACAUUAACACACCAGCCUUACUGGCACCACAGGCGGGUACGAAGGAUAAAAUGGCACGGGCAUGGUACCGCAACUUUGGACAGGUGUCGGUAACUGCAAAGAUUGACCGCAAAGGGUACACACCAGGCGAGGUGAUACCUGUCUUUGCGGAGUUCGACAACUCUACCUCCAGAUCUGUUGUACCCAAAGCUUUCAUCAUUCAGACGCAGACCUUCAUCGCCCGUGGCACCAUGAAGCAGAAGCGCUCUGUGGUGGCUACGCUGUGCGGCGACAUUGUUGGCGCCAGACGUCGGGAGACCUGGCACGGCCGCGCCAUCAAAAUCCCACCUGUAGGUCCGUCCAUCCUGCAGUGCCGCAUCAUCAAAGUGGAGUACAUGCUGAAGGUUUGUGUUGAUGUUCCUGGAACAUCCAAGCUGUGUCUGGAGCUGCCUCUAGUCAUAGGCACCAUACCCCUCCAUCCCUUUGGCAGCCGGACAUCCAGCGUCAGCAGCCAGUACAGCGUCAACCUGGAGUGGCUGCGCAUGGCCAUCCCGGAGCAGCCUGAGCCUCCUCCAGAUUACAACUCUGUGGUGACAGAGGAGGAGGCCGAGCAGUGCCACAACGCGGUGGCCUCACAACAAGCUGAAGACCUGAGUGGGAUCCAGGAACGACCCCUAAUGGCUUUUGUCCAAGAGUUUCGCUUCCGACCUCCACCAGUGUAUAGCGAGAUUGACCCCAACCCUCAGCCCUUCAACAUGAGACCUCGCUGCAUGACGUGUUGAACCAAGAGCCCUGCCUGAGCGUCAAGCAGCCUAAUUAAUAAAACAAAUCAAGAGAUUUGUCUUCUCCCGGAUUAUGUCUCUCGGAUUAAUAGCACUUGCUAACAGCCGGUGUUGCGAAGAUUGACUGGAGCACCAGGAGACGGAGCCCACAGGAAUCGGAUGUUAGUGGAAAAGGUGCCGCUUUGUUUCCGGUUCAGUAAAGUGGAAGCUUUCCUGUUCUGCUGGAAGGAAAGCAACUUCUCUGUAUCAGUUCCUGUCCUUCCCAAGUGACUUUUGGCUCCCUGUGUGGUGAGAUACAAAUACCUCCCAAUCAACGAUUCCCUCACGCGAAGAAAUUUUUUUUUGAGUUUUCAAGGAGUUUGGGACAUUUUGGGAAGGGUUAAGAUCACUUGAUAAUUACCAGGUGGAAAGUUGGAAGUGAACCUGGCCUUUAAAUGUUUGAAAACGCACUCUUGAUAGGAUGGCGUAUUUAGAAGCACAUUGUUGUCCUUGAGUGGCAUAAAGAUAGAAGUGCAAUUAUUCCAACUUCCCUUUGGUUGAGAUUUAACAACACACCGCUAUGCAUCGCACGCCUAUGAUGAUUUCUACUGUUACUCAAGCACAUACUGUAUCUGUAGGUAUGACGGUGGAGCAGGCAAGUCAGAAAAGGCAGGUAGCAAUAUGUAAAAGGGAAAUAUGUAUGCUUUAAAUGUGUAUCUGCAGUUGAAGUUUGCAUGAGAGUUUCAUGGAGCUGUUCUCUCAGAGAGCUGGCCAGAGCUGAAUGUAUUCUGCAAGAACUUAAAACAAAAACGGUCAGCUUAUAUGUGGAUGAAUUCCAAGAGCAGUGUUGUGUUAACGCAAUGCUCAAGGCACUGAAGUGUUAGAUAGCUGUGGUAUUUUAAUACAGUGGUAAUAAAAUAGAGGGGGUUCCAUUUUGCUUAUGAAACUGCACAAGGCUCAUAGAUUAGAUCUCCCAGUUGCUAAACAAAAAGCCAAGAGGAAUAGAGACCUGUGUGGACUGAGUCUUUUGCUGGGAGCCAGAUGCCUCUGUGCUGUGGGUCAAGCCUUAAAGUGGAGAUGCCACUGAAACAUAGGGACAAAGAACAUUCCAAAAAUCUACUCAAGGAUUACGUUUCUCCUCAACUUCCAAAAAAACUGUCAGGAGUAUCCGAAGUCUUCAGGUUCAGCUGUGUGAGUUCAGUGGCAUGCACUGAAGUUGACGAAUGUAUUUUAUUUAAAAAAUUUUUUUUUUAUACAAAUGCAAUUAUUGAGUCACAGUAUUGCCAAAGUUUUUGUAAUUGUUUUUUCUAAUAAAACUUUUUUUGAAUGGA